CAAUAAUUUGUAGCCCCAUGGUGGUUGAUUCUUCUUGUUACGAAAGUGUGAUUUUUUUGUUGUUGUUCUUUUGCGCUAAAACUAAAUUGUAAGAGAGUGUGAGAGAAAAAAAGUAGUUCUUGCUAAGAGCACGAACCGCUAUGAAUGACCUCUUUUUGUGAGUGAGGCAACAAAGCAUUGAAUUCGUACGUCGAGAUUACAAAGAGGCAUUCAGUUCGCAAAAUUUGCAAAAUUAAUUUGCAUUAAUUAAUGAAUUUUGUGAAUAAAUCAUUAGAAGUAAAUAGAACAAAGUGAAGUUAAAAAUAGACCUUGGAGACAUCGAGCAAUGAGUGAAGAGUUGGAACAUGAAUAUUCAAUGACUGAUGAAAAUGAAGUCAGCUUUGACAAACCGGCACCGCCGACCGAACAUGGGGAAAAUCUCAAGGCUUUGGUCAAACAGCUGAUCAAAGAACGUCAAUAUGAAGGUGUUGCUCUGCUAUUCACCAGCGCCAAUGAGGCACCGCGGAAUGUGUCCUUGUUGCGAGAAAUUUCCAUUGAUUUAUACAAUGAUGUGUGCAAAGAUUACCUGACUGAAGAAGUGCACCAGAAGGAACCGGAGCUGUUCAUAUGUGCCGAAGAAUUGUUGAAGACAAUGGCCGCACAUGCCCCACCAGAAUCUUUGUUAAUGGAAUUGCUGGAAUUGGUGGAGGAAAAUAUGUUCGAACGCGUCUUCAACUCGGCCUUGAGAGCUAUGCAAGUGGUCCUCUUACGGCUUGGCGACCGUAAAGCAAUGUCACUGGAAUGGGCAUUGCAAUCGAUUUGGACCCGCUUGGCCAUGUUACCAGAACCCGAGUACUUAUACGUCGGCUAUGAUGAAAAGGAGAAGCAACUUCUGGAACAGGAUGAAGAUGUUCAAAACAUAUUGAUGCACUACAUAACUCUGGACUUAUUCUAUCAGCCGCUUUUGGCCGAUAUCUGUUCCAAGCCACGCAGUGAAAAGGAGAUAUUCCGUAAUUGCACAUCAGCCAGUAGACGUAACAUUUUGUGUUGUUUUCUGGUCGAUGUUAUGGGCAAUCCCUUUUCACUGCUCGACUUGAGCAACAGGUUGGAGAGUAAGACCAACACCUAUUCGCUACAAUGUGCCCGUUCUCUGGUACAGGGCGUCAUCAAGUGUGUGCCCGAUCCUUACUUUUUCCUCUCGUUUGUGGAGACAAAAUACCGAUGGAAAUUAAAAGCUAAAGAGAACGAUGGUCUUACUGGAAAUAGGAUUGGCAAUAGGUUCUUGAGUGAAGAUGAUAUGCCACUGGGCAACUUGGCCAUAUUCUAUUAUUUACUUAUUGCCGAGGGUAUUGGUGCCUCACAUAUUCCACGAGUUUACAAUCCCAUGUAUGUCUGUGAAAUGACGAUUUAUUUGGCUCAAGAAUUGCUCAAUGAAAAAUUUCCCGCUCUUCAUGAAAAAGCUCUAAAACUGGUGGAAAAAUCCCUCACAAAUUUGGCAAACCGAAAGAUACCUUCCAUAGAUCUAGAUUUGGAUAUUCACAAAGAUUUUUGUAAAUCUCUAUGUCAUCUGGUGGGAUUUUCGUCACAGACCCAUAUACGGCAACAAGGUGUUAAAAUAUUACGCCAAUACAUUUUGUCCUUCGACGAUGAGGGAAAAUAUCUGAUCUUAAAGAAUCUUAUGGCCACUGUCAAUCACCAAGGCCUUUGUGGUUAUUUGAGUACAAUCUACAAGGAUUUAGUUGCGGAAGCAUUGAAGACAUCAUCACCAUUACCCACAACAUUUGCGGGACAAGAUUUCCGUUCCAUUUUUCUCCAUAACAUCUGUAAACUGCCACAUGGUGUUGAGACUGAUCUAAUCGAGAAUUCGGAUAAAAUCAUUUCUACCCUCAACGCUUUGCGUUUCAUUGCCCUGAAAGAUGCCGAAAAUCGCACAGGAUUUUGGUCCUUUACCAAGGACAUUGAAGAAAACUAUUUAUCGCCCUUGCGUAAAGGUUUGGAUUUGUCCGAGGCCCAUUACAAAGGUGAAUUGAAAAAGGUGCAGGAGGGUCGAGACACCCCCAUCGAUAUGGAACAAUUAAAGAUGCUGGAUAUUGCUGUGCAAAAUGACACUACCGGGGCUGGUGUGGAUUUCCAGUUGAGUCGUGACAAAAAGAUUGAAUUACUCAAUCAGAAUCUAUGUACUUUCGAUUUGAUUCGAAGUCUGCUGGGACGUGUUUGCGAGUGUUUCGACAAUGCUCCGAAACAUGAAUUGAAAAGUGACGCUUUGAAUACGUAGAAACGUAUCGAACAAAUUAUGAAAUAAUAAUAAAUGUUAACUUUUUUACACUGCA